UUGUUAUCAAUUCGUCCGGCGACAUUUGCCCAUACCGUCACGACUCACGCUACCAGCUCCAGCUCUUCUGUGGUCUGAUACUAUUAAAUAGCAUUCCUUCCUUUGAUCAUUUCCAUCGAGCUUGAAGAAAGGAGAGACAGAGCAAGAAUAAUGGCGAAAGGGUCGACAACGAUUGAGGUGGGUGCUGACGGCGUGGCUGUCAUCACUAUUGUUAAUCCUCCAGUGAAUUCUCUCUCGAUCGAUGUUUUAUACAGUCUGAAAGACAAUUAUGAGCAAGCUUUGAAAAGAAAUGACGUGAAAGCAAUUGUUGUCACCGGUGCUAGGGGAAAAUUUUCUGGAGGUUUUGAUAUCAGUGCAUUCAGCGCAAUUCAAGGGGGAGACACCAGACAACCUAAUGCGGACUUUAUUUCAAUUGAAAUUGUCACCAACACCUUGGAAGCUGCAAAAAAACCAUCAGUAGCUGCUAUUGAUGGUCUGGCACUUGGUGGUGGGUUAGAGAUUGCCAUGGCAUGCCAUGCACGCAUUUCUACUUCAAAUGCUCAGCUAGGCUUGCCUGAGCUCCAACUUGGUGUCAUCCCAGGAUUUGGAGGAACUCAACGACUCCCACGCCUUGUGGGCCUUACUAAAGCUCUUGAAAUGAUCUUGUUGUCUAAGUCAGUUAAAGGAGAAGAAGGCCAUUCAUUGGGUCUUGUUGAUGCCAUAGUUCCACCUGAUCAAUUGGUCAUUACUGCUAGGCAAUGGGCUUUGGAUAUUAUUGAAUUUAGAAGACCAUGGAUAAGAAGCCUUUUUAAAACUGAUAAAUUGGAACCAUUAGGAGAGGCCAGGGAAAUUCUUACGUUUGCCAGAGCUCAAGCUAAAAAACAAGCUGCCAAUCUCCAGCAUCCGUUAGUCUGCAUUGAUGUAAUAGAAGAAGGCAUAGUGUCAGGACCUCUAGCUGGACUUCGGAAGGAAGCCAGUUCGUUUCAGCAACUUCUUGUCUCUGACACAUGCAAGUGCUUGGUCCAUGUGUUCUUUGCACAACGUGCUACCUCUAAGGUACCUGGUAUUACUGACUUAGGUUUAACACCUAGAAAAACAAAAAAAGUUGCUGUUCUUGGCGGAGGCCUGAUGGGGUCUGGAAUUGUAACUGUAUUGAUAAUGAGCGGUUUUCCAGUUAUUCUUAAAGAAGUAAACAAAGACUUCCUGAAAGCUGGAAUUGACAGGAUCAAAGCCAAUCUGCAAAGUCAAGUGAAGAAAGGGAAAAUGACUGAUGAAAAGUUUGAGAAGACAAUUUCACUCGUCAAAGGAGUUCUUGAUUAUGAAUGUUUUAGAGAUGUGGACGUUGUCAUUGAGGCAGUUAUAGAGAAUGUAUCUUUGAAGCAGCAGAUAUUCGCUGAUCUGGAGAAAUACUGUCCUUCACAUUGCAUCUUUGCAAGUAAUACUUCAACAAUUGAUUUGGAUUUGAUUGGAGAAAAGACCAGUUCACAGGAUCGUAUAGUUGGUGCUCAUUUCUUUAGUCCUGCUCAUGUGAUGCCACUUCUGGAAAUAGUUCGUACCAGUAAGACCUCACCACAGAUCGUUGUGGACUUGAUGGAUAUAGGAAAGAAGAUUCGCAAAACACCAAUAGUUGUUGGGAACUGUACUGGUUUUGCAGUCAACCGAAUGUUCUUUCCUUACACUCAGUCAGCGCUCUUAUUUGUUGAUAGGGGUCUAGAUGUCUACAAUAUCGAUCGGGCAUGUUCUAAGUUUGGAAUGCCUAUGGGCCCUUUCAGAAUGAUUGAUCUUGUGGGCUUUGGGGUUGGAGUGGCUACUGGCAUUCAAUAUCUUCAAAAAUUUCCUGAUAGGUCCUACAAAUCAGUGUUGAUGCCGCUUAUGCUUGAGGAUAAGCGAUCAGGGGAAGCUGCUCUAAAGGGGUUCUACAAAUAUGACAAUAGGCGGAAAGCUAUUGUUGACCCUGAAAUAAAUAAGUACAUUGAAAAAUCAAGGAAAAUGGCUGGUGUUACACCUGAUCCUGAGUUACUGAAGGUUUCAGAUAAAGAUAUUGUAGAAAUGGUUUUUCUGCCUGUUGUGAAUGAGGCUUGUCGUGUUCUUGAUGAGGGUAUAGCUGUUAAGGCAUCAGACCUUGAUAUCGCAUCUAUCAUGGGCAUGGGCUUCCCUCCAUACAGGGGUGGUAUCAUCUUCUGGGCUGAAAGUCUUGGAGUAAGCUACAUCCACAAGAGAUUGGAAGAGUGGACAAAAAAAUAUGGCAAUUUCUUCAAACCAUGCGCCUAUCUGACAGAACGUGCUGCUAACGGCCGUCCAUUGAGUGCAUCUGCUGAACGGGGAAAGGCUCGGCUCUAAAGAAACAAUCCUUAUUUGACUGUACAAAUGCUCGUGUAUGGCAAGAUGUGAGAAGUUGCAGCUUUUGAAUCUUUGAAUCUUCAUGAAAUCUUAUCUAAAUGUGUUUUCGAGGAAAAUGUAUGCAUGUUUGUUCCAAUAAUUAUAAACCAUGAAUGAAAUUGUUGGCUCUUGUUAUGUUCA